AUGGGAAAACAAUACUUUCAUGCGCAAAAUUAUCAACGUCUAAAAGCGGAAUGUAUUCGAAAGAAACAGCUUUUUGUGGAUGUUCAAUUUCCGCCUACCAAUGAUUCUUUAUUUUUGAGACCAAUUAAUCCAGAAAUUGAUAUCAUAUGGAAACGUCCAGGUGAGAUUGUUGACAAUCCACAGCUAUUUGUGGAAGGUGCUACGGCAAAUGAUGUCACCCAAGGUAUACUUGGUAACUGUUGGUUUGUAUCUGCCUGUUCUGCGCUUACACAUCAUCAAGCAUUGCUUAAAAAAGUAAUACCAGAUGCUAGUGGACAAGAAUGGACAAGCAGUAACAAUUACUGUGGCAUAUUCCGUUUCUGUUUUUGGCGUUUCAAUCAAUGGAUUGAAAUAGUUAUUGAUGAUUUAUUACCAACUCAAGAUGGAAAAUUACUAUUUGCACGAUCAAAAUCAUCCAAUGAAUUUUGGAGUGCUUUGCUCGAAAAAGCUUUUGCCAAAUUGUACGGUUGUUAUGAGAAUUUAGUUGGUGGUCAAUUAGCUGAUGCAUUGGAAGAUAUCUCAGGUGGUGUAACUGAAACAAUUAAUGUUCAAAAACAAUUAAUAAACGAUCCGAGUGAUUCAUCAGGAAAAUUGUUUCAUACAAUUAAAGAAGCUUUUGAUCAACAAGCGCUUAUCAUUGCUGCAAUCGCUGCUAAAAAUAAGGAAGAAAUUGAAGAAACACUGGAAUGUGGUCUAGUAAAAGGUCAUGCAUAUGCAGUUACUGCAGUACGUUUCAUCGAAUUGAAUACCAAAAAUCGUUCAUUCUUAUUUUUCACUACAGCAAGACGUCAGAUGAUGAUACGUUUACAGAAUCCAUGGGGUGAAAAAGAAUGGAAUGGACCAUGGUCAGAUGGAUCAAAAGAAUGGGAACAGGUAACAGAUGAACAUAAGUUGGAACUCGGUAUUACCGUUGAAGAGGAUGGCGAUUUUUGGAUGCCAUGGAAUGAAUUUAUCCGUUAUUUUACGGAUCUCAGUGUCUGUCAACUUUUCAAUACCUCAUUAUUCAAUUUUGGUCCGAAAUUUUAUGAAUGGAAAUUUUUUGAUGAAUGGAAAUCAAAUAAUGCUAGACAAGGUGCAUUAAAUGAUCGAGCUGGUGGAUGUAUCAAUUUUAUGGCAACAUUUUGUUGUAAUCCACAGUAUCGAUUUGAUAUUGAUGUUGACGAUUCUGAGGUACGAUUUGCAUUAACACAAAAAGUAAAGAAUGAAGGUGAGAAACACCGUGAACCUUUGGUAACCAUCGGGAUGCAUUUAAUGAAAGUAGAAGAUAAUCGAAUAUACAGGAUACAUCAGCCAAUAAAUCCGGUGAUAACAUCAGAUUAUAACAAUGGUCGUUCAGCUUAUUUACACUGUCAAAAUUUACGACAAGGCCGUUACAUUCUCUUACCAACAACAUUUGCACCCCUCGAAUUUGCUGAAUUUUUGCUUCGAAUUUAUUCGGAACGAAAUAUCGCUCCUCGAGCACUCAAAAAAAAUACACCCAAUCACCGAGGAUUGUUUUCUUGUAAAAAAGUGAACUCUAUUACUCGAAUUACUGUCAUUGGUGUGGAAUUAAAUAACAUAAAUGAAGGAGCAAUACGCACAUAUGUUGUUAUCAGUUGUGAUAAGGAAUCGGUACGAACGAGAAUAGUUGAAGGUACUAAAGCUUUCUGGAAUCAAUGCUUCAUUUUUUAUAGGAGAGAUAUGACUUAUAAGUUUGUAAUAGAAUUAAUGGAAAAUCGAAUAAUUCAUGAUCGAACUUUGGGUGUAGUACAUAUUAUGGGAAAUGUUGAUAAUGAUACGCAAUCUUUGGAAUAUGAUAUUAUCGCUGAAAAUCAAUCAAUUGGUAGCUUAAGUGUCACCAUACAAUCCUAUGAUGAUCCAAUAUAUUUGUGA